ACGGAAGCGUUGCCGUCUCGGAUUCAGACGUGUUGAAGUGAAACAGGAGUUCGUGAGGAAGCAGGAGACCUAAAACUAAAACCCUCCGAUCAGAAAUGAAGUGACACUUCGAGCAGAGAGGUUUUCUUCCGCAGUGGAUCACCAUGGGGACUGUUGUUGCCAUUAUCCUUGUUUUUGUUGGAUGCUGUAGCAACGUGGUGUCUCUGGAGCUGCUUGUAAGAGAGUUCCCAGGAUGUGGCAACAUAGUGACCUUCGCUCAGUUUCUCUUCAUCGCAUUAGAAGGUUUCAUCUUUGAAACUAACUUUGGGAGGAAGAAACCAGCGAUCCCUAUAAGGAACUAUGUGAUCAUGGUCACCAUGUUCUUCACAGUCAGCGUGAUCAACAACUACGCUCUCAACUUCAACAUCGCCAUGCCAUUACACAUGAUCUUCAGAUCAGGAUCUUUAAUCGCCAACAUGAUCCUGGGAAUAAUCAUCCUGAAGAAAAGGUAUUCAGCAAGUAAAUAUCUGUCUAUAGCUUUAGUUUCAGCUGGCAUCUUCAUCUGCACCAUCAUGUCUGCCCGACAAGUGAAUGUGGCCAAUGAGGGAUCCGAGGAACAAGGAUUUUAUGCCUUCAUGCACUGGCUUAUAGGUAUCGGCAUGUUGACCUUUGCUCUGCUGAUGUCUGCGAGGAUGGGCAUUUUCCAGGAAACGCUGUACAAGCAGUAUGGAAAACACUCCAAAGAGGCCCUCUUCUAUAAUCACUGCCUACCUCUGCCGGGCUUCCUGCUCCUCUCCACAAACAUCUACAGCCACUGCGUCUACUUCAGUCAAAGCACUCCUGUAGUAAUUCCUGAGGUUGGACUGACUGUGCCAAUAAUGUGGAUCUACCUGCUGGUCAACGUCAUCACACAAUAUGUGUGCAUCCGCGGCGUGUUCAUUCUGACCACAGAGUGCGCCUCGCUGACCGUCACUCUGGUGGUGACCCUGAGAAAGUUCAUCAGCCUCAUCUUCUCCAUCCUUUACUUCCAAAACCCCUUCACCACCUGGCACUGGGUGGGCACGGCCGUCGUCUUCCUGGGCACUCUGCUGUACACGGAGGUGUGGAGCAGCGUGCGGGCGGCUCUGCGUGGACCCGCCGCCAAGGAGAAGAAGGCGGAGUGAAGAGGAAGAAGAAGAGACUGAUGGUUGAAUAGAAAAACAGCCACUGUGUUGGACUUGGAGAUGUUUUUUGGUCGACUGUGCUGUAGAGGUUUUAUACUCUUAUGUAAUUGUGUUUUCAUACUUGUCGUAGUAAACUCCUCUCUCUCACACACACACACACACACACACACACAGACAAGUUUAAAAGAUGAAGCUGCUGAUAUUCUACAUUUUCAUUAUUGUCAAUAAAUGCCAGGAACAGAACGAAGAGAUCAACUAUGUGUUAGUAUCUAAAACUCAAAUAUCAUAUUUUUUUAAAAGGUUAAACAUUUUCCUAAAACAGCUAAAGUGUAGUUUUUAGGAAUUGUACCAUAAACAGGAGCAAAUAGUGCGCUUGUACUUGGACUAAUCUACAUCUACAGCAGCAGCAGGACGUGUAGGAUCGACUCAAACUAAACCGCAGGGCCCCUGUUCAUCACAGGAAGGGAACAUGUGGACCAUUGAUGUGUUUUUAAUUGUUUUUGGCACAUGAGGAAUGAGAUAUAUUAGGAUUUAGCUGUUUGUUAGUGAAUCAGUUCAUGGAUUUGUUGAGAAUAAAGAUAUAGAUAAGUACCUCAUUAGCAUUCUCAGAUGCAAAAAUCACGGUGCAGCUGUCUUUUGUGUAAUGUUUGAAUAUUUAUUUUCUAAAGAGCUAAUUUACUUAAUAUUAACUCUGAUGAUGUAGUAGCUGUCAUUUGUUUUCUCAUAGAUUGUCUCAGGUGUAUUGGAGCAGUGUUUGUCAACAGGAAACAUUACAUUGUACAGUACAAUAAUUCUUUACACUCCCUGCCCAUUUAAAAUUAAACACAACCUGGCUACAAA